UUCGAAUUCAGUUGCUGUCAUUGCUGAUUUGACCAGCUCUGAGACUUAACCUAAGCUGACAAAUCGCGACUCGCUUCUCCCUGUGAGCGUUUCUCCCUUUCCGUGAACGUGCGUUCAGAGUUUAUCAGACUACUCUAAUUAAUCAUAAAGAAAAUAUGCCACGAGAAAUCAAAGAGAUCAAGGACUUUCUGCUGAAAGCCAGGAGGAAGGAUGCAAAGUCUGUGAAAAUUAAGAAGAACGCAGACAAUGUCAAAUUCAAAGUUCGCUGCUCUCGAUUCUUAUACACCCUCGUAAUCACAGAUAAGGAGAAGGCUGAGAAGCUCAAGCAAUCCUUACCACCAGGUUUACAAGUAAAGGAAGUAAAAAGGAGUGAGCGUGUGUAAAAUGAUUAAAUAAAAUGAUGUUUUUAAACACGA